UAUUCAGCUUUGGUCUUAGUUGGUCUUGCUUUUACGUUCCGUAUGUGGCUUUCGCUUUGCCAGUUUUAUUGUAAAGUUUAGAGUAGUACAGUCCUUUCAAGAACAGGAUUCCCCAUUUAAAAAAAAAAUUAUAAGUAAAAAAAUUAAUUAUAUAAAAACACACUGACUCUGGUUUCGUGAGGCCACGAUAGACAGAGCCAAAAGCCGAUCCUCUCCCCGAAAUGGGUCCCAAGAAGGAGUCUGUGAGCAAGGAGCCUGUGGCCACAGAGGAGCCACCACCGCGGGUCGAAAAGCCCAAGAAAGUUGCCCCGCCGAUCUUUGUCUUCGACGUUGUGGUCACCCAUGUGGAGUCCCCAAAUGCCGAGUUCACAAAGCCUGAAAAGCUGGAGAUCAUUGCCACUUUCGGCAAGAUCCCAAUGGACCUGGCUCCUGAUCAGGUCAACGUAAGCGACUUCAAGCCAAACACCAGCCUCACCUUCCAGAAGGAACCCAACGAUAUGAGAAAGCUGGUGAAAGAUUGUGGCGUCUCCUUUGCGGUAACCUAUGCCAAGAAGAUUAUUGGUGCUGCCCAGGCCUCCUUUCCGCUCAGCAUCGUAGAUGCCAUUGAUCGGGACAUGGCUGACAUUGUCCACACGGACACCGUUAUGUUGGAGCGCGGCGGAGAGGCGACCGGCAAAGUGGAGUUCCUUUGCCGACUGGUUUGCAUGUGUGCUCCCGAAGAGGGCGAGUCCGAGUGCCAGCGGUUGAUGGACCGAAGCAUCAAUCCGCAGGACAUAAUGUUCGUUCUGGGCGAAUCCCAGGUAUGUCCCAGUGCCUGCGCGCCGUGUGCCAACGAAUUGGAGGAUGAGGAAGGCGACGAGCGCCUCCGGCUGGAUCUGGAACGCUACCGCAGUCAGGGUGGCGGUAUCAAGCCCUACAAGAUGACGACGGACAAUCCAUCUAUGGUGCCUGCCUGCUGUGAACUAAAGAAAAUGGCCAUCGAGUACGAGCAGAUGAUCGACGCCAUAACCAAGUCCACUGGCAAGGCACCGCCACCCGAGCCGCCGUGUCGCGAUCCCGAUGAAGUGGCCGCCAUGGGUAUGAAUCCCUGCUUCUGCCAGAAGCCGGAUCCACCGAUGCUAAUCGAUCUGCCGGCGCCGCCGAACAAGCCCUGCUUCGUUUACCUCCCCGCCUAUCAGGAGGAUGAAGAGAUGCCGGACUUUUGUGACCGUAACCUCAUCCCGGUGCCGAUUGCCGACUGCGACGGCCAGCCGAUGCCGGACAUCAAGCCCAUACGCUUCUGUCCCGUCUGCCUGACCAACAUGUCCUGGCUGCCCAAGUUCGCUUCCUGUCCCAAGUGCGGCGUCAAGCCCAUGCCCGUGGUGGAGGAGCGGCACAAGGAGAAGAAGCUGUCCGCCGACCAGAUCCUGCUCGAGUUUCUGGGCCAGCCGCCGCCCCCUGUGGAGGACUAUUGUGAAAAUCCCUGCGACAAGGCCAUGCAGGCCAAAUCGGAUGCUGCCGCCAAUGAAGAGUGUCCGCCCUGCCGUUGCACUUGCAGGCACGGCAAGAUGUGCGCCCACUGUCGCAUCCGGAAGUCCUGCGCCGACAUCUUCAAGUCGGACAGAUAUUUACCGCCCAAGUGCCCCAAGGUGCAGCCAAAGGAUUCGGAGGAUUUCUGUGUGGUGAACAAGAGCUCCGACGACUGCCGCCCCUACCUGGCUAAGGUCUUCUCCGAGCUGCGCGACCUCUACGACAUCAAGGAUACCAAAAAGAUGUCCGAUCUCGACGAGAACUGUGAACGGAUGGCGCCGAAGCCAACGGCAACGCCGGCUGGAACAGUGCAGACCAAGGGCCAGGCAAAGGAGCAGGCAACCACAGCCAAAUCAUUGCACAUUCCGCCCAACAACAAGGGCCAGAUCUCCGGCAGGCACAGAAAGUGCGUCGGCCAGGCGGGCUUCGUGUCGCGCAACCAUGGCUGGGCCUGGAGCAAGAGCUGGGAGGCCAAGAAACUGGGCUGGCGUCCGGGCGCCAUCCGCAAGCCCAUCAAGAACCUGAUGAAGUUCUUCCUGGAGCGAUCUCAGGACAAGAAUGAUCUGAUCAAGGAAGCCGAAGCUUUGGAGCGCGAGAAAGAGCUGGCCGCCCCGGUCUUGAAAAUCUGCAAGAAGGACGGCGCCAUCUACAUCACGCUGCGUCCACUGAGUCCGCUGGGCGUCCGCCAGAAGCCCAUCACCUUCCGGAUCGUGAAGAGUGACCUGGCGGUGGCGCUGCGCGAGAUCAAGCGGAAGCUCAAGGACAAGGGCUAUCGCAAGUGCACCUGCCACCAGACCCUGAUGAUGUGCACCUGUCGCGACGCCCUCGAGAAGAGGCACCUGCAGCGGGCCCUGGACAAGGAGUGCCAGCGUCACUUCAUCGCGCCCGCAGCCGAACAUCUGAUUCUAACCGACACCAGCGAGAGCGACAUGGAGUACGACUUUGAUGUCACUCCGCCGGCGGGCACUGAACAAAAGUACCCGCCUCCCAUUCCUCCACCGACCGUAAACCACGGCACCCAGACGUCCAAGAAGGACAUGAUGCCCCCACCGAAAAAGUAUCCCAUACAGAUAUCACCCUAUUACCGGGGAUUCGAUUGCGCUCUCGGGGAUCGCUACAUGGGCACCGCGUUCGGCUGGCCGGGCGAGCUCGUCUUCGAGGACGGCGUCUUCGGACUGGCGGGCGGCGGACCCCACGGCCCUAAUCCUAUGCCCUGCGGCCGACCACGGCCCGGCACUGCCUGGGGUGGAGGAUCAGCAGGAGGAGCAGCAGGUGGAGGACCAUAUGCUGCAUUUGGAGGAGUAGGCGGAGGGGGAGGAAUGCUCGCUGGACGCGGACGUAGGCAAGGAGUCGGUGGAAUGGGAGGUGGCGGUGGUCCCGGCGGAUUUGGAGGACCCGGCGGACUAGGAGGUCCUGGAGGCGGAGCCUGGAAGGGCUUCCCUGGCGUCAAGGGUGCUAAAGGUGGUUUUGGUGGUUUUGGUGGUGUAGGUGGAAAGGGAGGCCCAGGUGGCGGCGGCCCAAGUGGACCGAUCCCGGUGCGCUAUCCCAAGAGAUUCCUUAAGCCCGCCCAGGACGCAGCCAAGGCGGCCAAACAGGCGGAAAAAGACGCUAUAGAGAAGAAAAAGAAGGGCAUCGAUAUGGUCAAGUACCUGCAGAAGAAGGGUACCCUGCGGCGGCCAUGGAAUGCUAACGAGGGCAAGGAUAAACGCCCGCGACCACCUAAGCGUACCGACAUAGGACCAGAUGGUCACACGGACUUCUCGCGACAUCGCCAGAUGCUCAUGGCAGGGCCGCCGCCGCUGCUCUCCCAGAUUCCCAGAAGAGGCAAAGGCUGCCCUCCCGACUCUGCCUUCCGCAUGGAUAUUGUUGGUUAGGGGUACCCUUAAAGGUGCUAUCCCGGUGGAUACUUUGCUCUUCGAUGUCCCUGUCAAUUCUUAUGUAAAUUCAGACGACAAAUAGCUUUGGUCAAAUAUAUAUAUUUUAUCUUAAA